AUGGCUCUAAAAAUAACCCAACAACCGUCAAUUGAUUUAGACCCCUGUGGGGACUUCGACGCCGAGCAAGCUGAAAGGAAUUCGCAGGGGAAGCCAGUUCAUCCUGAAAUUCCGAAAAGGAACAUCUGCUGUAUUAUCCAUAUUGUGAAUCACCAGCAGUGCGCGUCUGAGCAAACUCAAGAAAGUCUCGCACUCGCGACAUGCCGAGAGGCGACCAUUAAAAGCACAAUGGUGUCGAGGUAA